AGCAAGGAGUGAAAAUCAAGCCAAGUUGGAUUUCACACGCAUCAGGCGUAAACAAUCUAUCGGGCCGUGGCGCCACGCUUUACCCUGUUCACAUUAAGCCGCGUUGACAUGGGUUGUGAAUCACGAACAAGAGGCACCCGCGUGGUAACACGAAUGUAAUUAUUUCACGACUGUGGUCAUGCCUCUUUCGUGAAACGGGUUUACACGGUAGGUAUUUGCUUCAGUCGCGAAUAUGCAGUGCUUGGUGGCAGAAGCAUGUCAAGUUUUGUGUGGUGUGAUAGCAGACAGGAUUUCACAAAAUUUGGCAAGAAAAAGAAAGAAAAGACGAUGGUGGACAAGGAAAUGGAUUCUACAAAGAAGUCAUACUAGUUUAAUGAAAGACAUCUCCAAGUACCCUGAAGAUUUUAAAAAUUUGCUUAGAAUGUCGGAACACCAUUUUAAUUAUUUAUUGGAACUCGUUAGCCCCAAAAUUCAAAGAAAAUCCACUAAUAUGAGAGAAGCUCUAUCGGCCAAAUUGAAACUGCAAAUAACACUUCGAUAUUUAGCUACUGGAGACUCUUUUAAAAGUUUAGAAUAUUUAUUUAGAGUACCCAAAUCAUCGAUAAGUAAAUUUAUAGAAGAAGUUUUAGAUGCAGUGUGUGAUGCUCUAAAAGAAUUUAUCAAGGUAAGUAAAAACGUUAUUUAAUUCCAAACGGUAUUCUUAUUAUUGGUAUGGCAACUAGACUUUCCUCUAAAUUCUCGUAUAGUUUUCGUAGGCUCAUGGGGGGCACAUUUAAACUAUAAAAUAUUUUAAACAGAAAGGUAAUAAAAAGUCAUGGUUUGCAAAACAUAUAUUUCCCAAAGCAAAUACAUAGAAGUAUUUGUAUGUUUAUUUGUAAGUACAUUUGCUAAUUGCGCAUGGCCGAAGUUAACUCAGAGAUCAAAUGAUCCUGUAUAUCUUCUGCAGCUGAAAAAACAGAAUCUUGAGUCCAGUUUUGAAUAUUUUCAAUCGAUGGUGGUCCACUUUGAAUACUUUCCGAGUUUGUAGUCGAAUUUGUAAUGAAAUUUGAGUUCUGUGAGUACGCGCUGGAGAGUAUUGAAUAUGUGGGAAUUGUCGGUUUCAAAAUCAUAGAAACUAUUUCCGAUUGUAGUUGUGAUGAUCGAUCUAGUGGUAGAGUUCGUAAAAGAGAAGCAAUAUAUUUUCCAAAAUGAUCGAAACAAUCUUCUUUUGAUACACUGGCAUUAGCAGCUCUUUUAGAAAUAUCAUCUAGUUUGUCUAUCGCAGAAUUAAUGUCACCAGCAGGUGUCGAACAUAGCUUCUUUUUACGAGGUGUUGUUGUAGAAGUGUGUAGAAACUUUCUUUUUAAAGAGUCGUUUUGGCAUUGCGUUUCUUUAGAUGUGGAUGGUUGUUCUUCGUUCAAUUGUUGAGAUGCUAUUGCAUUAUCUUCAGGUGCCCAGUGAAGAAAAUCAAUGGCUAGAUAUAAUUAAUGGAUUUCAAACUAAGUGGAACUUCCCAAAUUGCAUUGGGGCACUAGAUGGCAAACAUAUAGUUAUAAGAGCGCCGCAUAAAACUGGGUCCGAUUAUUUCAAUUAUAAACAAUCGUUCAGCAUAAUUUUGCUUGCCUUAGUUGAUCAUAAUUAUUGUUUCACAUAUAUGGAUAUAGGAGCUAAAGGCAGGGCAUCAGAUGGGGGUGUGUGGCGAAACUGUAGCCUCAAUGAAGCUAUGGAGGCAAACAUACUGAAUAUACCUCCAAAUGCAGUUAUUGUUGCUGAUGAUGCAUUUCCUUUAACAACAUCUCUACUCAAACCAUACAGUAAACGAACAUUAUCCAGAGCUAAACGUAUUUUCAAUUAUAGGCUGUCUAGAGCAAGACGUAUUUCUGAAAAUGCAUUUGGUAUACUAGCGUCAAAAUUUAGAAUAUUUGAAAGGCCAAUUACCGUAGAUUUACAAACAGUUGAUGAAAUUGUAAAAACCUGCUGCUCAAUACAUAACUGGCUUCGAAAAACUGGUAACUGUUAUGUGCCAGCUAACCUAAUUGAUUCUGAAGACGAAAACUACAAUGUAAUUCCGGGAACUUGGCGGCAAAUAAGCAGUUCUGGUCUUAUAGACAUUACUGCGACACAUGAUAGACACCCGAACAGAUCAGCAUUGGUAAAAAGAGAUGAAUAUUGCAACUACUUUAACCAUGAGGGAGCAGUUCCUUGGUAA